AUGAGACAUUCGGGCGUCAUCCGACCGUUUUCAUCAUUUGUUAUUCCCAAUGCUCAGCUUGAAGCCAUUCUGGUUGAUACAGGGACGUAUCUAGGUUGCAACCGUGCUUCACUAACCUGA